GGGGCCGGGGCCGCUCCCUGCCGCCCGGCCCGGCCCCGCUCCCGGCCAUGGCCCGGCGCUACGCACGGCGGAGCCGGUCCGGCCCCGCGGAGCCGCUCCCGGAUGCCCCCGUUCCAGUGGUGCCACGGGUGCUCCUGCAGUCUGGGGCUGAUUUACACCAGUAAACCCUGCACGAUGCCCCCCAUCACAUUCCAGGACCUGCCACUCAACAUCUACAUGAUCAUUUUUGGCACCGGCAUCUUUGUCUUCGUGCUCAGCCUCAUCUUCUGCUGCUACUUCAUCAGCAAACUGCGGCACCAGGCACAGAGUGAGAGAUUUGGGUACAAGGAGGUGGUUUUGAAAGGUGAUGCCCGGAGGCUGAAUGUGCAUGGGCAGACCUGUGCCGUCUGUCUGGAGGACUUCAAGGUGAAGGAGGAGCUGGGGGUGCUGCCGUGCCAGCACGCCUUCCACCGAAAGUGCCUGGUGAAGUGGCUGGAAGUGCGCUGCGUGUGCCCCAUGUGCAACAAACCAAUGGCAGGUCCAGCCCAGCCCCACGCCAGCAUCGGCACUCUGCUGGAUGAAAUGGUGUGAGCAGCCCCGCCGGUUUUCGCAGGAUAAUGAAAGCUUAAUCCUGAAGGAUUUCGGGUUUGUGAGCCAGGGUUUGGCUCACGGUGCAUCGCUUUGUUUCGGGGGGGGGGGGGGGGGG